GAUCUGGUAGGAAGUACUUUUAUUACGUCGAUUUUAUGGGAAAUCAGCCUUGAAAUGGGCUUUUAUGAAGUCCUGUUGGAAGUCCAUGAAAUUCCGGAAAACCUCCCCGUUUUCUGUCUAUUAUUAGCCUGCAGGUAGUUGUCUUCGUCAAUUAAUAAAUUGGAUUAUGCCACAACCCUAUACGUAGCCACACAGAACAUGAAUGCGUUUGACUAGAGGUUCCGACUUCAGAGUGGGGCAACCUUAAAUAUAAAAGUAUACCUUGGCAGUAUGCAGUGAUUUUGUGGUACGCUCCCAGUGCUAAGUUAGUGUGACAAUGGACAUCGAAGAGUUUCGAACACGCGGCAAGGAAAUGGUCGAUUACAUUUGCCAGUAUCUGGAGAAUAUCGAGUCCCAGAGGGUUCACCCGGACGUGGAAACGGGCUACUUGAGGAAGCUUUUGCCCAGCGAGGCGCCCGAACAGCCCGAAGAAUGGGACAAUAUCAUGUACGACGUCGACAAGAACAUCAUGCCUGGGAUAACGCACUGGCAGCAUCCCCGAUUUCACGCGUACUUUCCCUCAGGAAACUCCUUCCCGUCCAUCCUGGGGGACAUGCUGUCGGACGCCAUCGGCUGCAUCGGCUUUUCAUGGGCCGCUAGUCCCGCCUGCACGGAGCUGGAGACCAUCGUCAUGGACUGGUUCGGCAAAGCCAUCGGCCUCCCCUCCGACUUCAUCACCUCCUCGGAGGGCAGCACCGGCGGCGGCGUCAUCCAGACCUCCGCCAGCGAGUGCGUCCUAGUCUCCAUGCUGGCAGCCCGCAACCAGGCCAUCAAAUACCUCAAAACGGAAAACCCCCAAAUGGAGGACAGCGCCUUCCUCCCGAAACUAGUCGGCUAUUGCUCCAAAGAGGCCCACUCCUGCGUGGAAAAAGCUGCGAAAAUCCUCCUAGUCAAGCUGCGAAUCCUGGAUCCUGACGAAAACGGGAGCUUACGGGGCGAUAAACUCCGGGAGGAGAUGGAGAAGGACAAGGAGAAGGGUUUGUUCCCGUUUUUCGUUUCGGCGAUUUUGGGCUCGACUGCCUCCUGCUCCUUCGACAAUCUGGAGGAGAUCGGGCCGGUUUGCAAGGAACAGAAGCGGUGUUGGUUGCACGUGGACGCGGCCUACGCCGGAAACGGGUUUAUUUGUCCCGAAUUGAAGUAUUUACUCAAUGGGAUCGACUACGCUGAUAGUUUUAACACGAAUCCGAACAAGUGGCUUUUGGUUAAUUUCGACUGUUCCUGCUUGUGGGUCAGGGACCGGAUUCGACUAACGCACGCCCUCGUGGUGGACCCCCUGUACCUGCAGCACGCCAACGCUGACGAGUCCAUCGACUACAGGCACUGGGGGAUUCCCCUAAGCCGGCGGUUCCGCUCCUUGAAACUGUGGUUCGUCAUCCGGAAGUACGGCUUAAGCGGCCUCCGGGCCUACAUCCGGAACCACAUCAAACUGGCCAAACACUUCGAACAGUUGGUCCUGCAGGACACCCGGUUCGAGGUCGUGAAUGACGUGAGGCUGGGCCUUGUGUGUUUCCGGUUGAUGGCGUGCGAUGCCGCCAACCAGAAGCUGCUAGCGAUGAUCAACGCCUCUGGGAAGAUUCACAUGACACCGUCGGUGGUCCGGAACAAGUACAUUAUCCGGUUCUGUGUGGACGCGGAGCAUGCCAAAGAGGAGGACGUUGAUUAUGCGUGGGAGGUGAUCAAGGAGUUCGCUGUUGAAACGCUGGCGACGGGGGCCAAGGAGCGGCCGCCGCUCACGAGACAGAAGUCGAAGCGGUUCUCGUUCACCAGGAGCAUUUCGAAGGAGAUGUACCAGAGGACUUUGAGUCGGUCGAAUUUGUGCGACGGGGCGACGCCCAUUCUUGUGGCGGAUUCGGAUGAGGAGGACACGCUGGUUGAGGACACGACGAUGCUGCCAGAUGAGCCCGAUGAGGUUUUUAUUGACAAACAAGAGUUUGUUAAUGGGUUUAGGAUAAAUGACAAAGAGAUUAAGUACAAUGGGGUUAGUUAAGAGUGUGAUUGGGUGUGUAGAUGUGUAGACACAACAGUAUUAUUUUAAGUAAUAAUCUUAAGUUAUUUGUUCAUUCACAUAUCAUUAGACGUAAGGACGGUUGUGUACCAAGUGAUCAUUUGAAUUCAUUACAAUUAGAGUACCUACUGAAACUGAUAUUGAAAGAAUGGUUAAGACUUGAGUCUACCAACUAUUCGGAGGAAACUCUCCUACUCUAAUUACAAAUGACGACAUAUAAUACUCGCUCAUUAGUAUUAAGUAGCGUCCUUGUUGUUGUUAAAGAGUUUUUUUACUCAUUUAUAAAAUGUAGACGUAAUAAAUUAUGAUAUUAAUUUGAAA